AUGGUAAAAAAAGAAGGCCAACAGUUUUUUCCCUCUUCGGGAUUGUUUUCACCGGUCUCUGAGUUGCCGUCUCCAGUUUCAGAUUUAUUCUUAGUCAAGAGGCGUCAGAAUGUAUCAUUAUUUAGUACCACAAAAUCGCAAAGAACGGUGUCCGAGUUUCGGAAAGAAUACUUGAACGCCCACUCUAAAAGACAGGUAUCUACACCCACUGAAGUUACAGAACAACCAGAUGAUUAUGCGGAACAAACUGAAGGGAUUCAAUUGAUUCCAGGGCCCAUUCAGGAGAAAAAAAAAUUAACUGUAGAAGUAGACAGGUUUCCCAACUUUUUUUUAACUCUCAAAGAUGGAUCCCAGCAUUUAUUUUAUGGAAUCCAGGAUUUGGGUGAAGGAUCAUUCAGCAAGAUAUAUCUUGCGCAGACCGUUGAACUUCCAGAUCCUGUAGCACUCAAAGUGUUCACUAGAAUUGUAGAAUCUACCAGCUACACGAAUAGUACCAAAGAACGACAGGAGAUAUCUACCAGUCGAGAAAUACAGCUACUAAGUAAAUUGGAUCAUGAAAAUAUUGUGAGAUAUAUUGGAUGCAGUGUCACGGACAGCUGUUCUAUUUUAGCUCUCAACUACUGUAAAGGAGGUGAUCUUUAUCAGUUUUUGGUGGAGCAUCGAAACGAGCUACAAAUGAUUGUUGUCCAAAAAUUGACAACGGAUAUAGUGAUGGCUAUACGCUACCUCCAUCAUAAUAACAUCGUUCACCGAGACAUCAAGUUGGAAAAUGUAUUAGUUAAUUGUACUUACGAAGAACUCAAAAAAAUGUACGAGGACGAGACAUUAGGCACCAAGCCAUUACUACAAGUAACUGAUUUCGGACUGGCCCGUGAGAUCAGCCCAGAAAACCCUAUGCUGACAACAAGAUGUGGAUCAGAAGAUUAUGUUUCUCCUGAAUUGCUUAUGGGUAUGCCCUAUGACGGGCGGCAGUCUGACUGCUGGUCUCUGGGAGUGCUUUUUUAUGCUAUUUUUGAGGGUCGAUUGCCCUUUGACCCUCCCCCUUCAUAUGGCGACCACAACAGGGUGGUUAGUUCUGCUAGUUAUAAACGUAGAGCAAAGGCUUCUCACCGAAUCGCUUUAAUGGAUUGGUGCUGGUUUUUAUUUGAGUCGGUUGGAGACGAAUGGGAGAACGCGAAAGUUGUCGUUCAAAAUUGCCUUUGUAGGAGGGAUUCCAGGUGGGAUAUUGAUCAAAUCUAUGAUAGCAAGUGGUGUCAGCCUUUUCGCACAUUUUCGGUUUAG